CUCUUAACUAAAUCCUACCCUGCUCCUCUUUCGAGAGGGGAGAGUUCCGGUCGGUAGAGAGGAGUGGUGAAUUACCGCCGAUUGGGAAAGAGGGGAGAUAAUCGCCGGCAUAGGUGAGGGAGAGAGAGAGAGAGAUACGCUGAAGUGACUUCCGCGCGCGUGUGGAGGCGGAGGCCGCUGCGUGAUUCUCGGGAACAAGAACGACUGGUGGCAGCCCCUGCAAAGGAGAGGAGUGGGGCGCGCAGGAGGAGGAGGAGAAGCGGCGGCCCGGCGGAGCAGAGAAAGAGAAGGGGACCUUACCGCCGUCGUGACGAGCCGCGAUUUCCGGGUUCGAGAACAAGAUUCUGCAGCAAAUGGCAAAGCGAAGAGGAAGGAAGACAGUUAAACAAGCAGAAAAGGAUAGCAUGAAGCAGACCCAGAUCAAGAAUGAAAAUGUGUUACCCCUUGAUCAAGAAGUUGAGCGACAAAGUGCUGCAGUCAGGGCUAUUCGUGAUGUGGAGAUUGAACAUUCUCUCACCGCAUUGCGUUUGCUUCGCUCCUAUUUUAGUGAGGAACAGCUCCAAACUCCUGUAUUGCAAUUUUUCAAAGAAAACCUUCCAAAUAUAUCAGUUGUGAAAAAUGAGGAAGAUGGACAAUUUGAAGUGCAAUGGGAAGAUAGAGGUCAAAAUUUGUCCAUGAACCAUGCAGAUGGGAAAAACAUACAUGCUUCGCUUUUACAGCGGUUGUCAAUAGCUUAUCCUCACAGCUAUGCAAUCCCACCUAUCAAUAAUUUUUUAUCAAGUGAAGCAGGGAGAACAAACCUGUUAGGCCCCGACAGCCUGCAGUUCAAGGACUUUGUCUUGGAGGGGCCAUCAGAUAGUCAAAUGCUUAAAAUGCAGGAUGCUCUUUGGACUCCUGGGGUGAGCAGUCAACGACUAUCUAUUGGGAUGACACCUAAAACUGUCAGGUAUCCGAAGCCUGGUGAGAUGCUUCUCUCUAUCCAUGGUUCACCCCUGGGUGUCUACAAGGAGGAUAACAUGGGAGCUAUAAAUGAGUCUGAAGAGGGUUAAUCACCUGUAGAUAACUUCGUUUAUCAUAGUCUGGAAAUAUGCAGCCAAGUAUCUGGAUAUUCUCCAUUGCUGUACAAAUGGUUAUUUCAGUACAUGAGAUGAGAUUGUGCUUUCAUUCCUUCUUGCAACUGGAGUCAUGUGGAUUCUUAAUUAAACUAUGGGUCUGCAUGUUAAAGAAUCAAGGAUCUCUUGUAAAUUUUUCUGUUAUAUGCAGAUCUGAAACAUUCUGAUCCGUCAAUCAGCAAACUUAAACGGUGACUUAAAAGGUGAUUUUGUUUUUAAAAACUUCUGGGGAAUGGCGUGGCUUCCUUAGUAGGUUCAAAAAUUAUUGACGGAUUGUUUGUCCUUCAACCAUUGCUGUCUAGGGCUGCUUUAUUCAUUUAUUUCCCUUUUGUAAUAAUCCUUAAGCUUCCCUUUAUCUUGUUAUCAAUUAAUUUUAAAUCA